AUGACCGGAUGUCGGUCACAAAGUAAAAGCUGUUAUACACUUCAAGAAGCAGGCACCUACAUGGAAAGCGUGGGUGCAAGCGACGCACAGGAGGUCCUCAAGAGCGGAGCAGGAGAAACAACACCUCUGGGUGGGAAUGGAUUCUAUGCGGUUGCGAAUGGGGCAAAUCCUGGGAUUUACCCUUUUUACCAGUAG